AGAUGAGAGUUUUAAGCAAUACCUUCCAUGUUACCGAGUUCGAUGGGUGAGGAUCAAUUUCACCUUUUAAUCUCUCAAAAAAAUUGAACUGUCUUCACCCAAAUCAUACUUUCUUUCUCUCCCAAAUUUGAUAAUCGACAUGGGUAAUUCUGAGGAAUCGAGUCUUCUUUGGGAGAAAGAUCUUCAAUCUGACGAUAAGAGGAAACUCUAUGAAACAACUGCAUCUUCUUCGCCGUUGGCAACAGCCAAACUAGUGCAUCCUCCGCUUUCUUCUCAUUUAGGUCCUGGCACCAUUACUUGGACAGCCGAAGGCCACUCGUUAGGUCACGUAAGAACGAGCUGCGAUCCGAAUCAUCGGAAUCAGUGGGACUCCACUUUAUUCAAUUGUUUAGGCCGCAGUGAUGAAUUCUGCAGCAGCGAUUUCGAAGUUUGUCUUCUUGGAACUGUGGCUCCUUGUGUACUCUAUGCAAGCAAUGUGGAAAGACUUGGUUCAUCUCCUACAUCUUUCGCAAGUCACUGUUUGCCUUACUCAGGCCUAUACUUGAUUGGGAAUUCAUUUCUUGGUGGAAAUUUCCUAGCACCUUGGUUUUCAUAUUCUUAUCGUUCUUCUAUUCGUCGCAAGUUUAACCUCGAGGGUGGCUGCGAGUCGGCUGUAAGAUCAUGUGGAGUGUGUGGAGAUUUUGUGGCGGAGGAAGAUAUAAUCGAGCAGUGCGAGAGAGUUUGUGAUUUUGGGACUCAUGUUUUUUGCCAUGCUUGUGCGCUUUGCCAAGAAGGUAGGGAAAUUCGACGAAGAAUUCCUCAUCCCGGUUUCACUUCUCAACCUGUUCUUUUUAUGAUCCCUCCUGGAGAGCAGAUCAUGGCUCGUCUAAGUUGAUAAUUUAUUUCUUACCAAGAAAUUUCAAUGCAUUUGUUUUCAGAUAUUCAACCUUUCAUUAUAAUUCAUUGCCAAAUAAACCUUAAUAUUUCACAUGUUA